AUGGCCACCCCUGCGAAAGUCCUCGUCGUUGGUCUAGGCCUCGGUGGCCUUUCGUGUGCCAUUUCAUGUAAACAGGCAGGCUUCGAGGUGGAGGUCCUGGAACGAGCACCACAGAUCUCCAAUGUGGGUGCAGGAAUCCAACUGCCUCCCAACAGCGUGCGCAUCAUGCGCCACUUGGGAGUUUUGCCGGAAAUCGAACAGGUUUCUACCGUCGUCCAGCGUCUCAACAUGAGAAGAUACUCGACCGGCGAAGUGAUAGGCAGCAAGGAUGUGGGCGCUCUUGGUCCUACUCAGUAUGGCGAGCUAUGGAGAGUGCUCCACCGAGAAGACUAUCAUCGAGUGAUGAUGGACCAAGCAUCUCAUAUCGGAGUGAAAAUAAGCCUUGACUCGCACGUGUUGGGCAUGAGUGAGGAUGGAAAGUCGGUGACACUGCAAAAUGGCAAGACGCUGUACGCAGAUGUCGUCGUUGGUGCCGAUGGUUUGUGCAUUUCUCACCACCUCCAGGCCCCCCAUCUCCACAAUGAAUGGAUAGCUUACAAUGCACUGAUCAUAGGCCUUUGGUCUACGUUGAGAGAAAGCUUUUUAGACAAACCCUCACCACCAGUGCCGACAGGAGAUUUAGCCUACCGAGCCACCUUCACUCUCGAGCAGUUGAAAACCCUCAAAAACCCCGGAAUAGAAGAACUCUGCUCCCAGAACACGGUAAAUUUAUGGAUGGGACCUGAAAAACACAGUGUCUUCUAUCCAGUGAGAGGCGGCAAAGAGUUCAAUCUGGUGCUCUUAAGACCUGAUAAUCUCGCGCCAGGAGUUCGUAACUCGGAAGGUGAUAUAUCAGAAAUGCGAGCCACGUUCGAAGGGUGGGACAAUACGUGA